AGCUGCACUGCUCACUUCGCUUUUCAGUGGGGUGGUGCAUCACUAACUCCGAGCUGUGCAGAGGGAUCAGAAAAUGACCGCCCAAACGACCACUGAGCCCCCCAAAUGUUGCUUCCUCAACAUCAAGACAGCAACAAUCGCUCUAGGGAUCUUCCACAUGGUUAUGAGCGUUUUGCUGCUGAUCGAAUACUCCCUGGAGGUGGCGAGCGGGAGAGGCUUUUGCAAAGACCUGGACAAGGAUUACUACAAAAUCGCUGAUGUCAUCACCAGUUUCCUGUUGAUCAUCAUGCUGUUUGCCAUCAGCUUCAACCUCCUCCUUGGUGUGGUGAAGAAGAGGGAACGUUUCCUGAUCCCAUUCCUUGCUCUACAAGUCAUGGACUUUCUCCUCAGCCUCCUAACGAUGUUCAGUUCCUACAUCCAAGUCCCAGCAAUCAUUUCUGUGUCCUCCCUUAGCCACACGCAGGGACACUCGAAGAUCCCUUUCCUGGCUUUGCAGCUGCUGGAUUUCUGCCUGAGCAUUCUCACUCUCUGCAGCUCUUACAUGGAGGUCCCCACCUAUCUCAGCUUCGUGUCUUCAGAGAAUGGGGGCUUUUUUCCAACCCUGGAGAAGUUAUCAACAGAGGAAUAUGCCAAAGUGAUGGUCACCUUCACCAUUGCGUUCACUGCUGUCCUCCUCCUGAAGGCCUAUAUGUUUAAAUGUGUCCUGAGCUGCUUUAAGUACAUUAAAGCCAGCAAGAGAGAGGAGGCGAAAGUCGACCCACAAGCAGUUGAAAAUGCUGUGCUGCCAUCAUAUGAGGAAGCCUUAGAGUUGCCUUCCAAGGAAUCCCCACCGCCCUACAUAGCAAUCUAAGCUCUGCUCAUGGAGAGAAGACAUCUGUAUUGCUGUUGGUGCCUCUUACCCCUUCUGCCAGAUAGUCAGCCUCACUGAGAAGUCCUUACUUUAUAGCAGCAUCGUGUUUGUUACAAUCCAGCUCACUUUGAAGUGUAGGCACUGGCCUGAACCCCUUGUCAGGCUUGCUUUAUGCCAGCAAGAUGCUGUUUCUCGUCUGUCUCACAGCUAACUCAGCAUCUGAGACCCUUAGGAAGUGGAGUGGGGGGGAAUUGGACAGAACCUUUUUGCUGACAUAGUCUGACCCUGAAGCUAUGCUAACCAGCACCUUUUAAUAAGGACCUUGCGGGAAAGGGAUCAUCAAAAGAAUGAAGAUUUGAAAUGAACUAUAAUGUAGCGCUCAUCCUGUCUGUUUAUGAUGAUGAUUGAUAGUGUGUACUCCAGAACAUACAACAGGCUGGGAUUGUCACAGUACUGCUCUGCCAUUUUAUACCCGAGUGUUUGCAUAUUUUUGCUUUUAGUGUCACUUGAAAGUGACAGAAAAAUAAAGAAAUUUUUAAAAAAUAAA